CAGGGGUUGCGGGUAACAGUGCCCAUGGAGGCCCCCCCAAUGAUCUUUGCCACCCCCACCAAAUAUGUGUCGGAGGCAGGGAACACGGUGGAGUACCUGGGACACAACAAAGUCCCUGACCUACAAAAACUCUUCCAGGUACAGACACUGCCCUAACCUUUGUUUGACCCAGACACUGCUUAUCGGCUUCCUAGGGUCAUUGGGGUUCUGUGAUAAUCACAGAACCCCAAUAACCCUAGUAAGCUUGUGUGGGAGUUUUUCCUACUUGACCUUGGUUUGUUUGGUUAGAAGAUGAUAAAGCGAUCGUCUACUCUUAUGGUAAUUUACUUUGACCAUGAACUUUCACUGCCAAAAUGUACUUGCACUGAUACAGUUGCAUUCCUACUAGUUUCCUAGGAAGUUAUACACUCCUCUGUCCCUGCAGAGAAGUUGUGAGCAAUGAUAAAGUUUGGACUUGAAUAAAAUAUGACAUGUCUCAAGAUUCCCUCCUUUGACUCACAGUGGGGAGUUGGGGACUGCUAUCAAAUUUCUCAUUCUCUUUAUUCUGUCUACAUUGCAGAAGUCUGAUGGUAUUCCUGUGCACCUGAAGAGAGGCCUGAUGGACAAGAUGCUGUACAGGACCACCAUGGGCCUGACCAUCGGAGGGACCCUCUACUGCCUGAUGGCUCUCUACAUAGCUGCCCAGCCAAGGAAGUGAUCUGCUUAUCCAGCCUCUUCCCCUUCAAGGGUCCAGCAGGAUUCUAUAUGAUUCAGAUUAAGAGCAGUAAUGUGGACGAUGACGAUUGUGCUCACAGACGGUCAAGGAAAGGAAUCCCUUUACUCCCCAGUGAUAUAUUGCCCCUCCUUGUCUUUAUUUAUUCCCUAGUUUCAUGUUAGGGUUUUCAUCAGAAUCAAAUAAUCUAUCAUUUGUCCAAUUUAAGACUAUCUCUAAUAUCACUACUUGCUCUGUGUUCUUGUGCGAGUUGUGCAUUUGCACAUGUAUAUCUCUACUGAUGUCUCGGUAACAACCAGCACCAUAUCAGUGGUACAUAACUACGACAGCUAGUAUAUCAACAAUCUACAUUUAAAAAAAGUCUGACAAUGUUUUCUGCCAAAGUGCUCAUCUAUGUGUGGAAUGAAUUUGGGGUCUCAUAGCAUGGAUGAAUUUGGUUUCUCUUUUGUUUUAGACGAGUUGGUGGAUGGGGCUAGCACCUUUUCAAAGCUAAUAAUGAGGUGGUACUGCAGGUUGUGUGAUAUCAUUAAUGGGUUUCUUUCUGUAAUAAACUCUGCUUUUGAGAAGUCACAUCUGCAUUACCUUAUUUGCACGGCCCCCAAGUCCCUACUUUAUGGUGCGGAGGUCGUGAGUUGUCAUUUAAUCUGCAUACUAACUGAGUGUUCUGUAAAAAGUGAGUAUCUGACAAGUCAUUGUAACUUUGUCUUGGGAUAAUAAAGUAUAUUUUGUUUGUAAAACAUAAAACA